AUGAUUUACUCCUCCGGAAGAGAAUCCUACUUCAACCUCAACUCCACCUGGUACGAUCCCUCGGGCUCCUGGCUGGACACGCGGCGCACGCCCUUCCGCUACGGCUACGCCACGUGCUGCUCCUCGGGCUGCCACGGCGAGGGCGCGGAGGGCAUGAGGGGCCACGACUACCGCCACUACGGCUACCGGCAGCCCCGCUGCGCCGAGCGCUGCCACGGCUACGCCGGCUCCUCGGGCUCGUGCCACGGAGGGGGUGGCAGCUGCGUCAGGAGACCCACGUACAGCUACGGGGGCUCGGGGGGCUGCCAGGGCUACGGGAGGUCCGUGUGCUCCGAGAGGUGCCAGGGUUCCUCGGGCUCGUGCCACGGAGGGGGUGGCAGCUGCGUCAGGAGACCCACGUACAGCUAUGGGGGCUCGGGGGGGUGCCAGGGCUACGGGAGGUCCGUGUGCUCCGAGAGGUGCCAGGGAUCAGUGGCCCAGGGCGGGAAGCCAUGCUUGGUGGAGCCGGUGGCGGAUCCAGUAGCCAAGCAAGCAGUGGAGGAUCCAAUAGCCACACGAGCAGUGGUGGAUGCACUAGCCACGGGAACAUAUCUGGCAGCCAUGGGAGCAGUGGAUCCGGAUUCCAUGGGACCAAUACAGGAUCCGUCUCUGGAGGUGUCUCCUGCAACACCUACCUUGGAUCCUCAAAAGAAAACUGAUCACCCCACCAGCUGCCGGUGA